UGCUUGAAAUAGAUUUCCAUACAAAAAUGGAGGCACAAAGUACGCGGUAACCAGGGAAUUGUUUACAAAGGAAACGGGUCAUUUACCGUAGGGCGACACUAUGACACGUCUUUUUAUCGACACCAUGAAGUAAAUAGCAACUUUAUCUGUAGCAGUGCUGUGGAUUUGAUAAAUAGAGGGCUCUGGAAUGCCAGCUCCUCCCAGAAAAAAGACUGUGGUUUGCUACAUCUGUGGCAGAGAGUUUGGUUCUCAGUCACUCUCUAUACAUGAACCACAAUGCCUGAAAAAAUGGAGGAUUGAAAACGAGAAAUUACCCAAAGCUCAGAGAAGGAAAACUCCAGUCAGACCCCAGAUUCUGCCGUCUAUUGAUGGAGGGGGCGCAGACAAUGAGAGGUUCAAUGAAGCAGCCUGGCAGAGUGCCCAGUCUCAGUUAGUUCCUUGUGAAAAUUGUGGUCGGACUUUUGCACCCGACAGACUGCCGAUCCAUCAGAGAGGGUGCAAACCAGGUAAACCUAUGCAACCAUCAAAAGCUGGCGGCACAACAGAUAAAGGAGACCGACCCAAGACUACAACUAUUACAGAUCCUAAAAUUGUAAAGAAUGAGAAUAUUAUAGGAAACAAAACUGUCAGGGUAGAAAAUCCACAAGUGAAUAAACCUGGUGUGGAGAGAGACGUGACAUUCACUGCACCUAAGAAAGACCCCUCUAUGGCAAAGGCACCCCCCAAUCCAGGAUUUGUGCUGUGUUAUAUAUGUGGGAGAAAAUAUGGCACUAAAUCUAUCAGUGUACAUGAACCCCAGUGCUUAGAAAAAUGGAGAAAGGAAAAUGCUCAGCUGCCAAAAAGUCAACGACGGAAGACUCCAGUGAAGCCAGAGAUCAUUGGGGGUGGAUCCAACAAUAUUGAGGCCAUGAAUGAAGCUGCUUGGCAGAGUUCCCAGGCUCAGUUACUGCCAUGUGAUAGGUGUGGGCGGACGUUUGCUCCAGAUAGAUUGGCUGUACAUCAGAGAGCCUGUAAGGCUCCAGGGGGUGGCAAAGGUAAAACCCCAGCUGCCACCUCAUCAAGUGGGAAUACCCCAUCAAGUACCCCAGGGGGAUCUAGUCCUGUUCCUAAGAAGACAAAUGCCCCACCCCAACCUCAGUUUGUCUUGUGCUACAUCUGUGGAAGAAAGUUUGGAUCUAAGUCAGUCUCCAUCCAUGAACCUCAAUGUCUCGAAAAAUGGAAAGUAGAAAACAGCAGACUCCCAAAGGAGCAAAGGCGCCCUGAGCCAAAGAAACCAGAGGUUCUACAGUCUGGGGGGAAAGAGCAGAUGAAUGAAUUAGCAUGGGAGAAUGCUAAGAGUCAGUUGAUUCCUUGUGAAAAUUGUGGGAGAACUUUUGCUCCAGACAGACUAGAUGUCCACCAGAGGGCAUGUAAACCCAAGCCAGGUCAAGGUCCCUCUAAGGCUGCAGCUCCUGAAGCAGCAAAGCCAGCACCAGUUAUACGAAGACCCCCAACUAUGGUGUGUUAUAUAUGUGGACGAGAGUUUGGUACAAAAUCUAUUUCAAUCCAUGAACCUCAAUGUCUGGAAAAGUGGAAAAUUGAAAACAAGAAACUCCCCAAAUCACAACAGAGACCUGAGCCAAUUAAACCUACUGUCCGAACCAUUGGAGCCAAGGGAACCUACGAUGUAGAUGCCCUGAAUGAUGCUGCCUAUGAGAGCGCUAAAGCUCAGCUCCUGAAGUGUGAGAACUGUGGGCGAACAUUUGCACCAGAUCGACUUCCUGUCCACCAGAGGAGCUGUAAACCCAAACCUCCAAAGGAGGGAUAAACAUGAGGGACACUGCUACAAAAUGUUUAUUGGGGAUUUGUCAUCGCUAACUAAAGUCUUGUCUUUACUCCACUUUAGUUACCUCUAUAUAUGCAUGCCCAAAAGCUGUAAACUUUACCCAAUAAUGAUAGACUGAUAAGUUAUUCUGAUGGCAGAUUAUUAUAUUUGAUAGGAAAGAACAAUUUCCAUACAGAUUUUGUUAAUCACAGUGUGUAUGGUUUAUUUAUGGUGAAUGACUCUUAUCCAACUUCAGCAAACCCAGCUGUGGAUUGUUUUUGGUUGAUCUCUUGAGAGAAGAUUUAGAUUUGUUAGAAAAACUGCCUCUCUUGCACAAUACAAUAUAUUUUUAUGAAUUCAAGACCACCACUAAUUGCUCAGUACAUUUUUUUAAAUUCUGAAGUACAUAAGAUCAGGUAUUUUUGUUAAAUAUUUUUGUUGUUGUUUUGAAAAUGAUCUUUUAUUUGCAACAUAUGUACGAAGGUUGUCCCAGAACCAAAGUUCAAGUGAGCUUUUCUGAAUUAUCCUGCCAUCUGUAUAUCUGUUUCUCUGUUAACUUUUCUCAAUUCUGGGUACAGAGUAUUCCUUAAUUGAACUUUAUUCUAUUAGGGCAACAAAAAGUACAUUAAAUGUCAGCAUUUUUCUGGGACAACCUUUGUUCAUUUUAUUCUGAUUGUCUGUGAUAGUAGAGUGAAGGCAAACAUGAAUGUAUAUGUUUACCCUUAUAUUGUGAUAAGAUGUUUAAAUGAUGUAUGCACUCAAUAUUGAUUUCAUGAAUUUCACCGUUAAGCACUCCCCCAAUUUGUUUUUGUUAUUUGAAUUUACAUGUACAUGUGUAUUAGAAAUUAUGAUAAAAGUUGUACACAUUUGUACUGUUAUUGCAGUUAUGAUAUAAAUGAAUUUUAAUUUUGUUAAAUUAUAAGAAAAUGAUGUUUUAUAUACAGGGUUAAGAAUAUAUAUUUCAUACUUGGAAUUUAAUUGUGUAAUGUUUAAUGUGACAUAUUGAUAUAUAUUGUAAAAUAAUGAUU